AGUAGUGGAUGGAUUGGGAUUGGUGCUGGCCCUGUGAUGGACAGGCGACCUCUCUAGGGUAUUCCCUGCCUUGCCUUCUGUCCUAUGUCAGCUGGGAUUUGCCCUAGCAACCCUAAUGUGGAGGACCAAGCAGUAGAAGAUUGUGUGCGCGUCAGUUUUGACUCAUACUGAAAGUGAAAGGAGGCGAAGGAGGCGAAGGACGGAGGAGACGGCACUUCAUUUCAUUCACGGCCGCCCGGUGACGAGCUCAUAUGGUAUGAGAACAUGGCCUUCCCAGUUACCCUCUUCUUGAUUACGCUUGUUAACGCAUACGUCAUUGCAGAAAACGCACAGAAUGCAUUUGUCAAGGUUGUAUGCAAGCCUGAAAACGUGGGACAAUAUGGCCAGCAGUCUCUGCUAGAAUGCGUUGUCCAAAUCACACACAAGGUUGCAGACGCAGAGAUCCGAACUGUCUCUUGGAGGAAAGAGGGAGUGGAGAAACCAUUGUUGGUUUUCCACAAAGGGAAAGUUACACAGCAGCCGGGCUACAGGAUGGCUCAACCAUCCUGGAAUAAGAAGGACAUGAACGUGUCCCUGCUCAUUGCUAAUGCUACACUGGCAGAUGGUGGAGAUUAUUCAUGCACAGUGAUAACAAACAGUGGGGAUGGGGAAUUCCAGACCAGCCUUAAAGUCACAGCCAAAUACGGUAAACCUGUUAUACACUCCAUCCCUGAGAAAAUCACUGGAAAUGCAGAUGCUGCCCUGGUAUGUGACGUGGAUGGUGGAUACCCAGAAGGUAGAAUUCGCUGGUUUGUUGAGGGCAACACGGACUGGACAAAAAGCUCUAAACUGGAGGCACAAAAAACCCAAGGUGGUCUGUUUCACCUCUCCAGCACGUUGACUUUGUCACGUGGAUCCAUUUUCUCCAAGUAUACCUGUGUUGUCUUCAACGCCACUGGAGGCAAAGAGGCUGAGACUAUAUUCAAUUUAGACGACCUGCCAGCAUCGGAAGGGCUAGGAAGUAAGGGCUCGGAUGCAGCCUCCAAAAUCAUUGCUCCCGUGGUGGUGAUUGGAUCGCUGAUCGUGGGAUUGCUGUUCUUGCUGCUAUUCCGUUAUCGAAAGCGAUCUCGAGAGGCCCGGAGGCAGUCAACAACUCCCCUUAUGAGUCCUCAUCAGGGUGAUAAUAGGUAUGAACCAGGUGUUGAAGAAGUUCUUACUGAAGAGAUGGGUACGAGCCAAAACAGCAGCUGAGGAUAUAAUUCACCUGUAUGUGCCAGCUUACUGGUAACAACUGCAAUCAACACUUCCUUGUUGUGAUGAACUCCACCCUGAUUAUACUCAUCCUACUGCAAACCAUGUAACCAGGGAUAACUUGUAAUACUGUGAUUGUGAAGUUAACUCUUCUGAUAUAAAUGAAAAAAAACAUUUGAUUUUUGAAUCAGUGACAAUUUUAUUAAGCCAUGGAAUUGAGGCUGAGCUUGAAAACAUUAACAGCUGCAAGAAUGGUAGUUUUAGGAUGGAACGGAGUGUCUAAGUCUGUGUUGGUCAUUGUUUUGCCCACGCUGACUGUAGCAAGUCAGUCGCCGCAGACACUUUCACUUUAUCUUCUAAAAUUAUGUGAUGAUUUACUGUGGAUUCAUGGUCCAAGAAAAAAGGCAGCAGGUGCAUGUUUGUGUCAAAAUGAAAGUGAUGAAGCUUGCUGUUCUGACUGGAUGGUUUUUAGUUGUUGUUUUUAUAUGCCAUAUGUGCUUAACUGAUCAGUGUACUGACAUUUUUUCCAUGAAAGGCUAUUUUUCUUUCUACUGAGAUCAAAUUUCUUUAAAAAAAAAAAGUUUUUAUGUAAGAUACAGGACCCAUGCAUUUCUACGAAUGAUGUAUAUACUCUUAAAUAGGUAACAAGUGUAGAAAUCUUGUGUUAUUCUCUAAACAGCUAAGUCAUUGUUAUUCACUAGAUGGGUCCACUCCCUAAGCAAAGAAUCAUAACGCUUUAGUGAAAUAUUGUAACCUUGAGAUCACAUUGUAUUUCACAGGGUUUUCAAGGGUUUUUCCCAGGUCUGUGGUCAAUCUAACAUCAGCCUCUGCAAAUUUCAUAUCCUUUAUUUUAAACCACUAAAAAAGUUGCUUCUUCUUCUUCUUCUUCUUCUUCCUCCAUGUCUCUGACAUGAUUUACCAUUUGACAUUUAUACUGAUAUCAAAAAAGUAGAAAUUAAAACCCAUAUUUUUAGGCUUUUGGGAAUACUUCAGAUCUAAGAUGUGCUCGGUGGUGAAGCAGGUGCUUCAUAAAAAGUUUUGUUGUCAGCCAAAUUUAUAACCCCUAAAAUGUCAUGAUUGUGAGUAAAUCAUUGACUUAGGGGAGAAAAACAACCCUUUUUUUUAGCCUUGUAAUUAAAAAAACAAAAAAGAAACACAAGACCUGUGAGUAGCCGCCUACUGUUUGUAUAUACUGUAAUUACAAAUAUAUAUAAAAGACUCUAUAAGUGUGUUUUUAUAACUAAUAUGUGAGAUGAUGAAUGUGAUGUGAUGAAAGCGUUUCUAAAUGAAAGUGUUUGUUUUUGACGUGUCGUUAUUUCUGUUUGUGCAGUUCAGUUUUUAAGUUGGUAUUGGAUGUUGCUGCGAUGUGAGCACACGUGACAUCUUGGCUGCUUCCUCUGUGGCGCUUGUCAGAUUCUCUCGUCUCCCUUUUUUCUUCCUUUGUGACACACAUUGUUGUUGUAGAUCUAGUUUUUGUUUUGUCUUCACUCACUGCUGUUAGAAAGAUAAGAAUCGUUCUUAUCCGUCUUUACUUUCUCUUUUGUUUUGAAAAAACCCAAACAUGUGUAAUGUUUUCUUCUCUGCCAAUGACGGUUGUACAUUUUAAAUUUCAUCCGCAGUUUAGAUGAAUAUUACUAAUUCCUUUUUGUAUUAUUUGUCAUUAAAAAUUUAUUUUACACUAAA